CUUGAAUUUAACAAUACUUUUACCGCCAAAACCUUUUAUCUUUCGCGCCACAUUCUGCUCUUCUUUCUUUUUAAGCUCUCCUUAAGCAAAUGUCUCGUGCUCACGGUUCUUUUGGAUGCUGCAUGCUCCUCGUCGAUGACUCGAGACGCAGGCGGCUUGCUGUUUGUCCCCAGUGUUUUUUCACAGAAGCCGAGCCAACUACUCAUCGAAUCUCCCCUGUAGUUCUCCGCAGAUUUUCCAACACCGUACAAGGGAGACCACGAGGGGGGAAUAGCCGCUGCCCUUCUCAAGAGCGGAAGCCUUUGGGCUUGCGUGUCAAUUAAGUUCCCGAGUUAGACGUCGAGCACCGAGACCGUUUUUGAUGGCUGUGUUUUGCGUUCUUUCUCCUCAAAUGUGAGUCCACGCGUGGCGCAUGUGCUAGUUGGAAUUCUCUACUUCGGGAGAUCAGGUAAUGUCUUUUGCGCAGCACUCUGUUCGUGACCCGGCACUGCUCGGUUCAUUGUCUUUAAAAGUCCUCAUUAAAAAAUGUUCAGUAAAAGUCGCCGAAAAGAAACGCCUUCCCACUCUCUCCCCAACUAGGGGCUUCCAAAAAGCUCUCCACGGGGGGCUAGGCAGAUCCCGGUAUGCUCAGAAUGGCUGGCUGUCGCGCGUGGCGAAACCCGGAGGGUUUUGCGCUCUUGUCUUGUUCAAAAAGCACGUUCUCGGUCUCGCAUGUGGGGGCCUCUCUGGUCUGUCGGAGAGAGGAGUGGGGAAAUCCUUCAAUCUCUGCUCAUGUUUUGUCUCAACUGGAUGUCGCUCCUCGCGCGUCCUGUCUGCGUCGUCUCCUCGCUGUCUCCGAACUCGUGAAGCCGCCUUGGUCUUCACCGGCGGCUUCUGCCACUCUUCCUCUGCUAGUCCUACCUUCUCGGUGGCUCUCCUGUUCUAUUCUUCCUCCUCCUCUCCCUCCUUCACCGUGUUGUUUGCUUCUGUCUCGCCGCCCUCGUCUCUGUCCGCUCUCAGCUUCUUUCUCUUCUGCGUCUGACGAGAGCUCCUCGCGGCGCCUGCCACGAGCUGUCUCUCGCUCCCGGUCUCUGUUUGCGGACACCCUUGCAGCAUGCGACACUUCUGACCAAGUUCUGCAGCUUCUCCGUGCAUCCGCGUCUCCUCCUGCGCCGAAUGCGUCUCCAGGACGCUCGUGUUCGCCGGCGGUUUGUCCCUCUACGGUGAUGCUUCUGCCUGAGGACUGUCUAGCCUUUCUGAAUGCUCUCCUCCGCGUCCAACAUGUGAAACGAAGUGGCCCGGACUUCAUCUUUUUCUGUGACGCGCUGGAGAACGCCCUUUCGCGGCUGAACGCCACGGCGGAGCGCGAGCAAACGGAGGACCGCGAGGCCAGAGAGAGGCAGCAUCUCGAGCGGUGUCUCUACGCCUCUCUGCAAGGGUGCGAAACGAAGAGACCUAGUCGCGAAGCAACCUCGGAGGCGCGAAGCAAGACAUCCUCUCUCGCAUUUAAAGAUGAACGUCGAAGGGGGAAAACGGGAGCAGAACGAGGCAAAUUCGUUCGGGCGGUCCUGCUAAAACUCGCCGACCUCAAGGCCCCACUCGCCUUCCAACGCAUGACCCCGUACUUGGAGCCACAUCUUCCGUGUCUGUCGGCCUUCGACGUCGCGGAGUGCCUUUGGGCGUUUGCCACCCUGCAGCCUCCGGACUGGCGAGAAAAGAAUGGCCAUCUUGUCCGGCGGCUUGUCGAGCGUCUGCUGGAACCUCGUGGCGAAGCGGCAGCGAGGGUGGGAGAUGAAAAUGGCGGCGACUUAGAGUUGAGAAGAAAGGCGAAACGGCCCACGGCGAGCUGGUCCACAACUGACGCUGGUGGAGUCUCCGACGCUCGAAACGCGUCUUCUGGCCCUUCUGAUCGCACUCCUGAUUUGGCGCUUUAUGCCGACUCCCCACAGGCCGGGCUUGCCUUGCUGCACCGAGGGACACAAAGCCUGAUACAAUCAGGCAAACAGACAAAGCGAGGGGAGACAGAGCCCUCGAGUUCUACAGGCCGCGACGGGGGGCUGCUGUCCGCGGACCUGCUGCGGCAAGUGCCGUUGGAGGCGCCAGCCGAGAAGAAGAAGGGAGAACAGCUGCUGUGGGUCCAGGCGGACACGCGAAACGGCAUCUUGGGUAAAGGAAGACAGGGGGUACAGAGCGAAGCCAAAAGCGACGACGGAGUCGAGGGCCCUUUGCUUCUCGACAGCCUGUCCAAUCUAAUGGUGUACCGAGUCACUUUUGGCCUUGCGAAACUUGACUUCCGCUGCCGGCUGUCGCAGCAGGUCUUCCAAGCUCUCGCCCCGAAAAUUCGUAGCGCGCUCACGUCAGAAGAGUCUGAAGCUUUUCCGCCAAGGUAUCUUGUCCGUCUAGCUUGGUCCUACGCUCGUCUCCGAGUGCGAGACGUGCCUCUCUUCGCCGCAUUUUCUCGUCAACUUUCGGAAGCGGUUGACGAACUGGAAUAUGAAGAGUUGAAGGUGGUGAAGCAUGUCUUCGAGGCUCUUGAAUUCUGGGAUAGACGCCUUCUUGGCGCUGUCGACGAACUUCUGCGGCAGCUUCACGAACUAGGACCGGACGAAAGUCUCCACCGGCCACGCACCAAGCCGUGGAAGAACAGACCUCGCCGGGUGACCCUUGCGGAUCCAGUCGUGCCCAGCAGAAAACGCCCCUGA